CUAUGGGGAGAGGGGGUGGUAAUCAGGCAAUCGGUAAUGCUGCUGAAUUAAAUACAGUCUUGGCACACCCCCUGCCUGGGCAUUGGCUGCCACAUUUUGGGGGACAGCUACAAAAACGGCCUCUUUUACACCGGGAAGGGCGAGUCAAAGAGCAUCACCAUCCCUGGCAGGAGCAGCGCGGACAGCAGAUAACUCCAGAGAUGAUUGGCGGGCGCAGACUCUUUCUCCUGUGGGCAUGGACACUGGUGAUGACAACCCUGUGUCCUCCUGUCCAGGCUAAGAGGGGUGGCAUGAGCUGGGGGGGUAGGGGCAUGGGUGCUAAUAGAGCAGUGGGUGCUCGCUACUCACCCAUGCAAGGCCCAGGUUAUGGGGGAGGGUACGGUGCUGGAGCCCCCCCCUCGUACAGCAAAAGCUCCUCCAAUACAGGGCUUAAGAUGGCAGGGGCGGCCGCGGCCGGGGUUGUGGGGGGGGCCAUGCUAAGCCGCGGAAUCAGUUCUAUGGGACACCCGCGCUAUGACUCUGGGGGCUACGGCUAUAACGGAUAUGACCGAUACGGUGACUAUCCCUCAGGGGUCCGGCAUGGAGACAUUGCCUAUGACGUGGAGUUCCACAACGGGACUUCGGGAGACCAUGUCAGAGGACGUUCCUCUGCCACCACCCUGCCCAACACCUUCACCAUCAUCUCAUCGCUGGUCUGCUUCCUGCUGGAACAAUGAAUAGGGAUAGUCCGGUGAAAAUAUUAUUUAAUUUCUGUGAAUGAUUACAUAUUUAUGGAUGCUGUGUUAGUGUUUAGUAAUCCUGCAUUUUCUGAGUAACUUUUGCACAGAGCUAUUCAUAGAAAUGAAAUAUGUUGUAUUAAUCUAUGAAUGCUUUUGUACUGAAACUUUGAUUUUUAUGCUGUCUGUGUGGCCUAAUUUAAAAGUGGGACAAAGACAUGAUUAAAUGUAAUAAGGUGAUGUUCAGGUAGAUGAAUUACCACCAUCAGUCCGUUGUACCAUAAUCAACCAGUCUACGAGUAACAGCAGCCUUUUUGAAUUCUGUCAUACAAUGUGAUUUUCUGGUUAGUGUGAGAGAUGAUGCAAAUUAUUUGGCUAUGUAAAGAUUAGUCAGACAUUACCAGAGAGAUGUAUUGUAUUAGAUCGAAAGGCUUUGGAGUUAAUCCUAAUUAUGUCUGUCAAUGACUCCAAUAUAUCGUUAAUAAUAUAGUUAGUGUGCAUGCAGCAGAAUUUCUGUCAUCUUGCCAUUCGUUUUUUUUUCAUAUCAUAGCAGAGAAACAGUGAUCUUAACCUGCACGUUUUAAUAGAAGUGAUAUAGCAAUAGAUAAGGUUACAACGUGGCUCUUGAUUGCAGAGAAUCUUGCCUCAAUGGAGCCUCUUUGAGUAGGUAUUUACAUAUAUUUGCAAAUAUGUAUGCAGAAAUAUUUCAAAUAAUAAGCUGUUACCCCAAAA